AUGCGACGUCACAUCGCCGCGCGCUUGGCGUCCGCGGGCGGCGACGCGAUCGCCGUCGCCGCGCGCGCGAUACCGCACGCCGCGCCCGUGACCAGCGCCCCGAUCGCGUUUUCCGGCGCGGCGACGCGACGCUUCGGCGCCCUGCUCGGGGGGUCUUCUCCCCCGUCUUCACGGGCGCCCGGCGCGUCGUCGAUCCUCAAGCGCUUCCUCCCUUCGUCGUCGUCGCCGCUGCACACGUCCGCGCGCCAUCGCGCGGCGGCGCCGCCGACGCCGAGGGCGACCCCGAACGCGCAGCUCCAGGACGAGUUCCUCAGCGGCACGUCCGCGGCGUACGUCGAGUCGAUGGAGGAUAAAUUCCGCGAAGAUCCGAACUCCGUCCCCGCGUCCUGGGCGUCGCUCCUGCGCCAGAUGGACGCGGGCGUCACCGGCGCGGAGCUCAGCGAGAUCCCCGGCGUCGCGCCGAGCUCUCAGACGAUACAAGAGUCGAUGCGUCUGCUCCUGAUGGUGCGCGCGUUUCAGGUGAACGGCCACGCCGCGGCGAAGCUCGACCCGCUCGGGUUGGACGUGCGCGAUGUCCCGGUCGAGCUCGACCCGGCGCUGUACGGGUUCACGGACGCGGACCUCGAUCGCGAGUUUUUCUUGGGGAGCUGGCGCAUGAAGGGAUUCCUCAGCGAGGACAACCCGGUGCAGACGUUGCGUCAGAUCCUCACGCGCCUUCGCGAGACGUACUGCGGCACCGUCGGGUACGAGUACAUGCACAUCGCGGACAGGGACCAGUGUAACUGGCUGCGCGAGCGCAUCGAGAAAGCGGAGAAGCACGAGUACAGCGUCGAGCGUAAGAAGGUUUUACUCGAUCGUCUCGCUUGGAGCGACAUGUUUGAGAGUUUUCUCUCGAACAAGUACACCGCCGCGAAGCGGUUCGGGCUCGAAGGGUGCGAGACGCUCAUCCCCGGUUUCAAAGAAGCGAUCGAUAAGGCUGCGGAGCUCGGCGUGGAGUCGAUCACGAUCGGGAUGCCCCACCGCGGCCGCUUGAACGUCCUCGCGAACGUCGUCCGGAAGCCGCUGCAGACGAUUUUCAACGAGUUCAAGGGCGGGCCGAAGCCCGCCGGGAACGCCGCCCCGGGCGGGUCGUCGUACACCGGAUCCGGGGACGUGAAGUACCACCUCGGGACGUCGUACGACCGCCCGACGUUGAGAGGCGGGCGGAUGCACCUGUCGCUGGUGGCGAACCCGAGCCACCUCGAGGCGGUGAACACAGUCGUCAUCGGGAAGGCGCGUGCGAAGCAGUUUUACGAAAACGACGUCGAACGCGGGAAGCACAUGGCCGUCCUCCUGCACGGCGACGGCGCCUUCUCCGGGCAAGGGAUCGUGUACGAGACGUUGGACAUGUCGCAGCUGCCCGAGUACACGAUCGGCGGGACGUUACACGUCGUCGUGAACAACCAAGUCGCGUUCACGACGGAUCCGAAAUACUCGCGGUCGUCGCCGUACUGCACGGACGUCGCGAAAGGGAUCAACAUCCCGGUGUUCCACGUCAACGGCGACGACGUCGAGGCCGUGGCCAGGGUCAUGGAGCUCGCGAUCGAGUGGAGGCAGCAGUGGAAGCAAGACGUGGUGGUCGACAUCGUGUGUUAUCGCAAGUACGGACACAACGAGAUCGACGAGCCGAUGUUUACGCAACCGUUGAUGUACAAAGCCAUCAAGAAGCAUCCGAGCGCGCACCAGCAGUACGCGGAGAAGCUCAUGGGCGAUGGGACGCUCACGCCCGGCGACGUCAAGCUCGUGCACGACUCGGUGUUGAAGACCCUGGAGGAGAGCUUCGAGGACAGCAAGGACUACGUCCCGAAGCCGAGGGAUUGGCUCGCGUCGCACUGGGCCGGGUUUAAAGGCCCGGAUCAGCUGUCGCGCAUUCGCGAGACGGGCGUCGCGAUGGAGAAGCUCAAGCAGAUCGGGAUCGCCGCGACGACCAUCCCGGAGACGUUCACCCCGCACAGGGUCGUGAAGAGAGUCUACGACACGCGCAGGAAGAUGAUCGAAUCCGGGGAAGGGCUCGACUGGGCGAUGGCGGAGGCGCUCGCGUUUGGCACGUUACUCGACGAGGGCAACCACGUCCGGUUGAGCGGGCAGGACGUCGAACGAGGCACGUUCUCGCACCGCCACGCGCUCAUUCACGACCAAAGCACCGGGGAGAGGCACGUCCCGCUGAGGAACGUGUACGGCGAGGCGAAGAAGAAGGAGUUUUUCACCGUGUCCAACUCGUCCCUCAGCGAGUUUGGCGUCUUGGGGUUCGAGCUCGGGUACUCGCUCGAGAACCCCAACGCGCUCGUGAUGUGGGAGGCGCAGUUCGGGGACUUCGCGAACAGCGCGCAGAUCAUCAUCGAUCAGUUCAUAUCCAGCGGCGAGGCGAAGUGGCUGCGGCAGACCGGGCUCACGUUGCUGUUGCCGCACGGGUACGACGGGCAAGGACCCGAGCACUCGUCGUGCCGCGUGGAGCGGUACCUUCAAAUGUCAGACGAGGAUCCGACGAAGAUCCCCGCGGACAUGGCUUUUGAGACGCGGCAUCAGAUCCAGGAGCACAACUGGCAGAUCUGCAACGUGACGACGCCGGCGAACUACUUUCACCUGCUGAGACGUCAGGUGCAUCGAGACUUCCGGAAGCCGCUGAUCGUCGUGUCGCCGAAAAAUUUACUCCGACACCCGAAGUGCGUCUCGCCGUUGUCCGACUUUGACGACAAGGAAGAGACGCAGAUGGAGCAAGGCGUUCGGUUCAAGCGCCUCAUCAUGGACAAAUCCGCGACGUCGAGAGACAAGGUGAACACCCCGGUGGAGAACUCCGCGAAGAGGGUCGUCUUCUGCACCGGCAAGGUGUACUACGAGCUCGACUCGGAACGCGAGGCGCUGGGCCGCGAGAAGGACGUGAAGAUCGUGCGCAUCGAGCAGCUGUGCCCGUUCCCGUGGGAUCUCGUGGGGCGAGAACUCCGUCGGUACCCGAAAGCGGAGGUGGUGUGGUGCCAAGAGGAGCCGAUGAACAUGGGCGCGUAUUCGCACGUCGCGCCUCGGUUCCAGACGUUGUUCAAGGAUUUGAAGAGGCCGGUGGACGGCUUGCGUUACGCGGGGCGAGCGCCCGCGGCGUCGACCGCGACCGGGUACGGGUCCGUGCACUCGGAGGAGCAGGUGGGGUUGAUCAAGGACGCGCUGCAGUGA